UGUAUGAACUGAAUUUGGUGACAGUACAGUGUGUUACAGUGAAGUUAUUGAGUAUUUUUCAUAAUAUAAAAUGAGCAAAAGGGUUUUGGGUUUUGCACUUUUCAGACGGUCCCUUCAGACGUGUAUCUCCGCCGCCUGCUCAUAGAGACCAAUUUAUAUAUUAUAAAACAUUGAGUCCAUAGUUUGUAUAAUAUUAUAAUUCGGUUUUGAAACGGAAAUGAGAGAAGUGUGGAAGAAAAAAACAUAAACAAUCUAGCAGACUAGAUCACGCACCGGGUCUCGUGAGGUCUCGCGUUACUCAGCCAUCAGUUCGCCUCGUCUCUUUCAGAAAGUAAAGUAAAGUUUAUAUUGCUGGAGCUCAAACAGUGAAAAUGGCUUCACUAAAUGUUUCUGCUGAAGAAAUUUCGUGUCCCGUGUGCUGUGAAAUCUUCAAGACUCCGGUUAUUUUAUCAUGCAGUCACAGUUUCUGUAAAGAGUGUCUUCAACAGUUCUGGAGAACCAAGAAAACUCAGGAGUGUCCCGUCUGCAGGAGAAGAUCCUCAAGAGAUGAUCCUCCGAUUAAUCUUGUGUUAAAAAACUUGUGCGAGUCAUUUCUGACGGAGAGAAAUGAGACGCGUUCAUCAGGAUCAGAGGAGAUCUGCAGUUUACACAGUGAGAAACUCAAACUCUUCUGUCUGGAGGACAAACAGCCUGUGUGUGUCGUGUGCUUCACUUCACAACAACACGACAAUCACAAAUGCAGACCCAUCGGUGAAGUGGCUUCAUCAUACAAGGAGGAGCUCAACACAGCACUGAAAUCUUUACAAGAGAAACUUCAACACAAUGAAAACAUUAAAGGAGAGUUUGAGAAAUCAGUUCAACACAUCAAGUCUCAAGCUGAUCACACAGAGCGUCAGAUUAAACAGCAGUUUGAGAAGCUUCAUCAGUUUCUCAGAGAUGAAGAAGAAGCUACACUCACUGCUCUGAGGGAGGAAGAGGAGCAGAAGAAGCAGAUGAUGAAGGAGAAGCUGGAGGAGAUGAACAGACACAUCUCAGCUCUUUCACACACAAUCAAAGACAUGGAGGAGAUGAUGAAAGCCAGUGAUGUCUGCUUUCUGAAGGAGUUUCCAGUCUCAAAGGAAAGAGUCCAGAGCUCACAGCCGGAUCCACAGAUGGCUCCUGGAGCUUUGAUUAAUGUGCCGCGUUACUUGGGCAACCUGCAGUUCAGAGUCUGGAAGAAGAUGCAGGACAUCGUCCAAAACACUCCUGUGAUUCUGGAUCCAAACACGGCUCAAAAAUAUCUCUUCCUGUCUGAUGAUCUGACCAGUGUGAGAAAGACCUGGUACGAACCACCACUUCCUGAUAAUCCAGAGAGAAUCAACUGGGAUUUUUGUGUUCUGGGUUCAGAGGGGUUUAACUCAGGAACACACAGCUGGGAUGUGGAGGUAAAACAGAGUUCAUACUGGAGACUUGGAGUAAUUGCAGCAUCAAACCAGGGGCAGGGACGUGUUUUCUCCAACACUGAUGUCUGGAGUGUGGACUAUCAUCAGUACCAAGAGUCCCCAGGUUUUAUAUUUCGUGUCAAACAGAAGCUUGAUCGUGUGAGAGUGAAUCUGGACUAUGACGGAGGAACGGUGUCAUUCUCUGAUCCUGUAACUAACACACAUCUACACACUUUAACAGCCACCUUCACUCACACAAUCUUUCCAUUCUUCUGUUGUGAUUUUUCUUCCUAUCUGAGGAUCUUACCGGUCAAUAGUCAGUAAACAUUACUCCAGUAAGUCUGGAUCUUCCUGCUUUCAUCAUUUUCCUAAUAUUUAAUCCAUAUCACACGAGUAAAGCCUUGUCCAAAUACCCACACUUGCGGUCUUUGCACUUGACCACUUGUCUACUACACUGUUAGU